AUGUCAGACUUUACUGAUCAGAAGCCAAGCGUGGCUGGAAGCACACGAGCUCCGAAGCCUGCUGCUCUUACAUGGGACAAGAAUCAGAUCGACACGGGUUCCAGCCUAUCACCUGUAAGAUCAUCCGAAGCCCUGCGAACACCAAACCGAGAUUCAACGAGAUACAUGAGACACCCUUCGUCGCCCGAGAGCUUAUCACAACUGCCGCCUCGUAUCCAUUCCCCCGCAUCCCAUAUAUUCGAACGGGAUGUGCAGGAAGACAUAGUUCCGGCGCAGGCAUCGCCCUCCAUCCCUGCGCAUAUUCGCACCGAGAACUAUAUCCCACCUGUUCUUGAAGCGUCCUCGGCGGCUAUCACGGAUGAUCACCUCGAUCCUGAUUCGGUCGAGAUUGUCACGCACAGCCUACAUCAGCCCGCGGGCGGUACAUCGGGAGAACAAUCAAUGUCGUCCUCGGGCAUUGAUCAGCUGUUGAGCCAGGCUGAUGUCGAUGAGCGGGCAACAGGCUAUGGAGCACUAGAACCGACAGAUAUGCGUCGACUGAGCUUCAUUUCCUUCGCCGACGUUGUCAACGCGGAGCAUGCAGAAACAAACGAAUUCCAUCCUGGAUCACUGUCUCGGGAGCGCCUAGGAGAUCUGAACCGGUCCCCCUCUCCAUUGUGGUCUCCUUCUUCUUCUCAUGGACUCGGCACGUCGCCGCCAACAAGCGUUGAGACCUCUUUCAAGGGACAUGACCUGUCGCCAACUCGUUUCCCUGCUGUCAGUUCUCCCCAGAGUCCAGUCGCCUCCGGUUUCGGAGGAGAACUCAAUGUGGAGACUAUGCGGCAAGCUUUGAGAAAAACUGCCAGUGGAGAUCUAGGCAUGAUAAGCCAGGCCGCGAGUACCAUAGGGGAUGACCCACAAGAUCGUACCUUCUAA